CGUGGCCGCCUGGUCUUGUCCCCCGAAUAAGCGCCCACGUUUGCUCUGUCCUUUGGGUCCCCAGCGUGUCCCUGCCGCCCCCGCCAUGGGCCUGGAGCUCUACCUGGACCUGCUGUCCCAGCCCUGCCGCGCCGUCUACAUCUUCGCCAAGAAGAACGGCAUCCCCUUCGAGCUGCGCACCGUGGAGCUGCUUAAAGGCGAGCACCACACUGCUGCCUUUGCCCAGGUGAACCCUCUAAAAAAGGUACCAGCUUUAAAAGAUGAGGACUUCACCUUGGCUGAGAGUGUGGCCAUCCUGCUUUAUCUGAGUCGAAAGUACAAGACUCCAGACCACUGGUACCCUGAGGACCUACAGGCCCGUGCCCGUGUGGAUGAGUACCUGGCAUGGCAGCACACAGGCCUUCGGAGCUGCUGUACCCGGGCCAUGUGGCAGAAGAUGUUGAUCCCUGUGUUCUUGGGAGAAACAGUGCCCCCUGAGAUGCUGGCAUCCACGCUGGCUGAGCUGGAUAGAUGCCUGCAACUGCUUGAGGACAAGUUCCUGAAGGACCAAGCCUUCCUUACUGGGCCCCACAUCACAGUGGCUGACUUGGUAGCCAUUACAGAGAUGAUGCAUCCUGUCAGCGCUGGCUGUCAAGUCUUCAAAAGCAGACCCAAGCUGGAUGCUUGGCGCCAGCGUGUAGAGGCUGCGGUGGGGGAGGACCUCUUCCAGGAGGCCCACGAAGCCAUCAUGAAAGCCAAAGACCUGCCUCCAGCAGACACUGCCAUGAAGGAGAAGCUGAAGCCUUUGGUGCAGGUUUUUUUGCAUUGAGUGAGGGGCUGGGCCUGCAGAGCCACUGAUGACAAUAAAGACCGUUUUCAGAAUAAAAA